AGAAGAUAUAGGUUAAAAUACAAAUUUCAAUACCCCGUCAAGUAGAGCCUACUUGUUGAGCCUCAUUUCACCAAAAUAACUCGAACCAAGAGGAAAUCCAACAGACAAAUAUCCUGCCCGCACAACAUUCACCAUUUGUGAUAACAAUAGUAUGAUUUUAAGGUGAAUUAACAACAAACAAAUCAAAAAUAUGGACGAGCUCGAUUUACCCGAGGAUCUUCAAGACAUCGAAGUGAUUUAUUCCGACGAAGAAAAUGAAGAGGAACGUGUUGAGCACAUGAUGGACGAUAUCAACCUUCAGGAAGGCGACGAUGAAGAUAUCGAAACCGAAAUAAUAGAUGUCUCGAUCUUAACCCUCCAGAAACACAACAAAGCCGUGUUCUCCUCGGAUUUGAGCGCCGAUAAUAAAAUAGCAGUAACAGGCGGCGAAGACGACAUGGCGUAUCUAUGGAGCACCGCAACAGGCGAGAUCCUCCUAGAAUGCUCAGGCCAUAAAGAUUCCAUAGUCGAAGUGAGAUUCAACUUCGAUAGUCAGUACGUAGCCACUGCGGAUAUGGCCGGUAUGAUACAGGUGUGGAGCGUGAACGACAAGAAACUAGUCUGGUGUUACGAAGGCGACGAUCUGGAGUGCCUGCUGUGGCACCCUUUCGCUAAUGUGCUGUUCUGCGGCUACCAAUCCGGGGAUAUCUACUUGUGGCAGAUACCGCAGGGCAAUUGCAAAGUACUCGUAGCUCAAAACAACGCAUCGGUAACUUGCGCUAAAAUACUCCCGAACGGUAAACAACUGUUAGCCGGAUACAAAGACGGGUGCUUGAGGCUCUGGAACAUCAAAGAGUGCAGCGUGGAAUGGAGCAACAAAGUCAUGGAAACCGUAAUCGGUAUAGAUGUAAAUAAAGAAGGUACUUUAGCUGUCGUUGCGCCGGAAUCGAAGCUAAUCAAGCCUGCCGAUGGUAAAUUGCUAACCACCUUGCUGCCGGAAGGUGAGAGUGAAAUAGAGGAUGCGCUGAUCCAUCCGGAUUUGGGGGUGAUCGCUUCGGGGUCGAUAUCGGGGCAGUUGUGCGUGUGGGAAAUCGGAAGGUACGCUCUGAGACAUCUGGCUAAAAUAGAAUGCGCUGUAACUGUGAUGAAAUGGGGCGCAGACGGUAAAAUAUUUAUCGGAGCCGCUGACGGGGCUGUGUACGUGUGUGACGUUAAAUCGGGUACUUUGCAAGACACUCUGACCGGUCACAGCGCCGAAAUAUUGAGUAUAUCUGUGUUCAAGGAUAAUAAGAUUUUAACAACGUCUGAAGAUGGUACUGCUAAAAUAUUUGCUACUAAAAAUUAA